UUAAAGGCUGUCACAACAGCUACAGAAAGCUCAAAAUGUUUCUUGAUCAAGAGUGUUAUGAACACAAGCCAACAAUAAGAGCAGAAUAUAAAUGCCCAAGACCUUUUAAAUUGCACAAGAUGCCAUCCGACGACGAUGGUAAAAGACAAUGGCUCGAAGCACUUAAUUUGAAAUGUCCGCCCCGUAACGUCCAUGUAUGCUCAUUCCACUUUGUGGACAGACAACCAACGACAGAAAAUCCAUAUCCCGAACUUUGGCUUGGAUAUGAUCGUCCAUUAAGAAAGACGAGAAGACGACGAACGUGUCCGGACGAAGGAGCUGGUGUUUACCAAGAGCAUCCUGGAAUGGACGAACUGAGACCUGUAGAAGAGAGUCUUGCAUCUGUCCCCAGUCCCAAGCAAUCAGAUGUUGAUGACCACAGCUGUACAUCUAAAAAUGUUGCCUCUGUUGGAACACAGUGGGAAGACCACAUCUUCGAGGAGCAUUGUUACAUCAAGAGACAACACAUUGUAACUUAUGUAAACCAGUCAACGCAGUGCGAUACAUUCAAGCCUCCUACUCUGAUGAACGACUAUGACUCAAAUCUGUACACCGGGCUCCCUCUCCACACAUUUCAUACCCUUGUAGCUGUUUUGCGUCCCCAUGAGAAUCUGGCUUACCAGACCGAAAUUGAACAGCAAAUCUUGCUCACACUAAUGAAGCUGAAAUUAAACCUAUUAAUAGAAGAUCUAGCAAUUCGAUUCCGUAUAUCAGUGAGUAAAGUGAGCAGGAUAAUUUCUUUUUGGAUUGACACCAUGGCUGCAGUCUUGAAGGAUCUGAUACCAUGGCUCCCCAAAGAAACCAUCAGGGCCACAACACCAGAGGCAUACAAGCAACAUUAUCCCAAUGUUACCUGUAUCUUAGACUGCAGUGAAAGUGAAGUCCAAAGACCAGGGAACCUAGACUCAAGGUCUGAAUCGUACAGCCACUACUAUGCUUGCAACACUAUCAAGUAUUUAGUGGCUAUUGCACCAUGUGGUCUAGUAAUGUUUAUAUCUGCAGCAUAUGGGGGUCGCUGUAGUGACAAAUUUAUCACAUGUGAUUCUGGCAUUCUUGAAUAUCUCCAUCCAGGAGAUGAAGUGAUGGUGGACAGGGGUUUUUUGAUUAGAGACUUGUUGUUUGAAAGACAAGUCAAUAUGAUAAUUCCUCACUUCGCCAACAAAACGCAGCUGACAGAAGAAAAAGUCACAUGUAGCCGCAGGAUUGCAAAUGUAAGGAUACAUGUUGAACGUGCAAUUAGGAGACUGAAAGUAUACAAGGUGUUAUCACAAACCUUGCCUAUCACCCUUAUGCCAAAGAUAGAUAAAAUUCUGCGUAUAUGUGCAGCUUUAGUGAAUUUGUGUGGUGAUCUGAUCCGUGAAGCAGAUAAUUAAGUUAUUUUAAAAAUUAAAUUUUGUCUUCAGUUACUCACCCUCAUGUUGGUCCA